AUGUGGCGGCGGAUCCUGGAGGCACAGGUGGUCUUCCUGGAGCUGUUCCUGCAGAGGGCACAGAAGCCCAUCAUGGUGGGACACAGGAUCACUAGGUCUUCAUUGACCAGCGGGCUGCUGGGCCUGUGUGCCCCGCCGGGAGUGCUGGAGGGUGGUGGUCCUCGUGGUCCCCAUGCCUCUCAGUGGCAGGAUGUGUCCAUGCAGCACAUGGCGAUGGUCAGCCGCUUCUGUGAGCAGCACUUCCACUGUGAGGUGGAUGACUUGCUGUGUGCGGAUGUGGACGUGAAGUUCUGUGAUCACAUGGGCAUGAAAAUCCUGUCCCUCCUCUUUGGCAUCCUGCACCCCAGUUUCUACCGGAUGUCCCAUGAAGACUUCAGCUACCAGCACUGGCCACAGUCCCAGGCCCACAUCCCCGGAGACCAGGGCGAAGUUCACUACAUAGGGACCUUUUUUGGGGGGUUGGGGGUGGAGGUUCACCGACUGACCUUGGCCUGUCACCAGGCAAUGAGGUUCGACCUGGCCAAUGGGAUCAAGAUUGUGUGGUGUGACAAGAGCCACUUGAACAGGUACCUACUGUACCACAAGCCCACCAAGGUACUAUCCCCGGAGGACCUGUGGGACCCACCGAUUUGGAUGAAUUCCUGA